AUGUUUACUCGAGCAUUAUUUUUAUCACAUUUGAAUAAGAAUGUGGUAACAAAUCAGCUCUCUAGUAAUAUUUCUGGCACAAUAUCCACUCCUUAUUCAUUCAAUUCGUUAGUCGACGUUAUUAGUGUCUCAGAUGCUCAGUUUAUUGAUAUCACAGGCUCAAAUACAGAGGGAGGAGGUGCAGUUUCAUGCACUGGCCCAGUUACAUACGAAUUUACAAUAUCAAAAUCGUAUUUUAAUAGUUGUUUUUCAACUGGAUCAAACUCAAAAGGCGGCGCAAUCUUAUCAUUAAAUUCAGUGAUUUAUCAAUGCAUUGAUUCCUGCUUUACAGAGUGUUUGGCGCGUUCUGGGCAUUUUCAAUAUUUAAGUUCUUCCAACGGCUCUGCUCUCAUAUCACAAUCAUCAUGUAUUAAUAAUAAUGCUGAAUCUGAGAUAGGUGACCAAUCUACAUAUAUAAAUUCUCCAGGAAUUUAUGCAGAAAAUGCUAAUUUUUCUUCAAAUUCAGUAAACGGCGUCGGAGCAGCUUUCUCAGCUAUUGCAAAUUAUAAUCUAGUACUACAAUUAUGCUCAUUCAUUGAUAAUUACGGCAUUUCUACACUACAUUUAAACGGAGAUCCGUAUGCUUGUUAUGUUCAACACGAUAACUUCAUUGAUAACGCAGGAAACUCUUUAAUUUCUGUAGUAGGUGACUUUAUAAUAUCUUCAUCAUGUUUUUCAAACGAAAAAAUCCAAAAUCCAUUUUUAAUUUACGAAGGAACAUUGAAAUUAAAGAAAUGUGCAUUCACCGAAAACUUUACAAUGCCUACAUCAGUUUCAAUCGAUAAAACUUACAUACAAACGCCAGAAUUAUACCAAAAUCAGGCCACAGAAUUAGAAGAAUGCCAUGCGAGUGCUGGUGGAAUAGUUGAAGACAUAAAGACACCAGGACCAACACCAGCUGCUCAUAAUUGGGGCUGGGGAGUCGGAACAAUUUUAUUAUUGAUUUUGAUCGUUUUUGUUGUCGUUGCCAUAGUUAUAGUUGCUGUUUAUAUUAUUCGCACAUGCUUCUGCAAGGUUCCAAAGGUCUACAGAACUGUAAAACAAAUUGAAGAAAAUGCACAAGAAAGAGGACUCCUUGAUGACCAACAAGAGCCAAUUGUAGAACCAAUACAACCAGCUCCAGCUCCUUCUGAGCCUCAAGAACCUCCAAAAGAAGUCGAAUCUACUCCUGAACCAGAAAAGCAAAUAGCUCAAUCUCCAAGCCGCGUACAGAUCAUUUUAAGCUACACUGAUGAAAGUGAAAAGGAAAUGGAGUCAAUUUCUUCUGGAAAAUCAGAUAUCAAAGUUCAAUCUUCUUCUACAGAGCCUCCACCACAAAGAGUAUCAAUUAUUAAGGAACCUUCAGACACUGAAGAAGAAAUUCCUCAAAUUCCUGUAAUAGAAAUCCCUCAUGACGAAAAUAUGGAAUCUGAUUCAACAAUUACUGACCCAGCAUCAAUCAUUUCUCACGAAAGAGACACAGAAAAACCUAAAGAGAAGGAAAGCACCUCUUCUUAUUCAUCAAAAGCACCAGAUAAACCUUUAAUUGAGAAUUUGAAGGCAGAAGAUGAGGAUAAAAGUGAUUCUUACUACUCCUAUUCGAAUGACAAUUCUGUUCCUUUGCAAGUUUCUCCAAUGCCGAAUAAAUUAGAUAUAAGUGAGUCAGAUUCAGAUACUUCUUCAUCAACAACACCAAAGAAACACGUUAAACUACAUCUUGAUGAAGAAUCAGAAGAAGUCCCCCUACAAAAACCAGGAAAGAGUCCUAAAUCAAGUGAUUCAAAGCCAAAGAGGUCUUAUGCUGGUGAUGACGAUGAAUCUUAUUCUUAUUCAUCUCCUCCCCCGAUGAAACCUACAGAAAAAACAAAGGAUUCAAAACCAAAACCAGAAUUUAAGCCAAAGAGGUCAUAUGCAGGGGAUGACGAAGAGAGUUCGACAUCUACACCACCAAUACCAAAGAAACCAAAGAAAUCUGAUGAAAAACCAAAAGAUUCAAAACCAAAACCAGAAAUUAAACCAAAAAGAUCUUACGCAGGGGAUGAUGAAGAGAGUUCUUCUUCACCACAGCCUAAGAAGCCAAAGAAACCAGAAGAAAAACCGAAAGAGGAAGAAAAGAAGCCAAAAUCCGAAGAACCAAAGAAACCAGAAGAAAAACCAAAAGAACCAAAGAAACCAGAAGAAAAACCGAAAGAACCAAAGCGAAGAAUAUCUUAUUCUGAAUCAGAUGACAGCGGAUCGUACUAUUCUUAUUAA